AUGCCACUCACUGAACCUUCGGGCUAUGUAACGGAUGGUCCUGGAAAUUACAAAUACAAAACAAAAUGCACCUGGCUCAUAGAAGGAAGUCCAAACACAAUCCUGAGGCUUCGAUUCAAUCACUUUGCCACAGAAUGCAGUUGGGACCAUUUAUAUGUGUACGAUGGAGACUCGAUUUAUGCUCCCUUGCUAGCAGCUUUUAGUGGUCUUAUUGUUCCUGAGAAAGACAGCAAUGAAACAGUCCCAGAAGUUGUAGCUACUUCUGGAUAUGCUCUUCUGCAUUUCUUCAGUGAUGCUGCCUAUAAUUUGACAGGCUUCAACAUCACAUAUAAUUUCAAUACGUGCCCCAAUAAUUGCUCUGGCCGAGGCGAGUGCAGACUCCACAACAGCAGCAAAGCUCUGGAAUGUGAAUGUGCCAAAUACUGGAAGGGAGAAGCCUGCGAUAUUCCUUACUGCAUGGAUGACUGCGGGGCUCCCGAGAGGGGACACUGUGACUUCAAUGAGACGAAGGCAUGUUUGUGCUCUGCAAACUGGCAAGGUCCUGGCUGUUCCAUUCCGGUUCCUGCAAACCACUCAUUUUGGACCCGGGAGGAAUACUCUCUUCCCAAACUUCCUAGAGCAUCUCACAAAACCAUAAUCCAUGACAAUAAAAUGUGGAUUGUUGGAGGCUAUGUCUUCAAUCAUUCUGACUCUCAGAAGGUUUUAGCGUAUGAUCUCAUUUCUGAAGAGUGGCUUUCACUGAACAAAACUGUGAACGUGGUAGAGAUGAGAUAUGGUCAUUCAUUGGCAUUACAUAAGGAUGAAAUGUACAUGUAUGGUGGAAAAAUAGACGCGACGGGGAACGUGACCAGCCAGUUGUGGGUGUUCCAUAUUCCCAGCCAGUCCUGGACUCAGGUGACGCCCAAAGCCAAGGAGCAGUACGCCGUGGUCGGCCACUCGGCACACGUUGUCACCCGGCGGGACGGCAGCGCCGUGAUGCUCGUCAUCUUCGGGCACUGCCCUCUUUAUGGCUAUAUCAGCAAUGUCCAGGAAUACAACAUCGCCACAAAUACCUGGAACAUUUUACAGACAAGUGGAGCUUUGGUGCAAGGUGGCUAUGGGCACAGCAGUGUUUAUGAUCCAAAUACAAGAUCAAUUUAUAUCCACGGAGGUUACAAAGCGUUCAGUGCCAACAAAUACAGGCUAGCAGAUGACUUGUACAAAUAUGAAGUUGAUACCCGUAUGUGGACUAUUCUUAAAGACAGUAGGUUUUUUCGCUAUUUGCACACUGCUGUGAUAAUGAGUGGAACCAUGCUGGUGUUUGGAGGCAACACACACAACGACACCUCAAUGAGCCACGGCGCUAAGUGCUUUUCUUCGGAUUUUAUGGCAUAUGAUAUUGCUUGCGAUCAGUGGUCUGUGCUUCCUCGUCCCGAUCUCCACCACGAUGUGAACAGGUUUGGACAUUCUGCUGUGCUGUACAACAGCACCAUGUAUGUGUUCGGAGGCUUCAAUAGCCUCCUCCUGAGCGACAUACUGAAGUACACGCCGGAGCGAUGUGAAGCUUUCGGCAACGAAACGGCCUGUGUGCGCGCGGGCCCCGGCGUGCGCUGCGUGUGGAACUCCUCCCGCCUCCAGUGCGUCCCCUGGGAGAUGGCAACGCUAGAGCAGCAGCAAAAGGUCUUCGAAGACUGUCCUGCUAAGCUAGUUGUAGACAAUGAAAAAUGUGAUCAGAUUACAGACUGCUAUAGCUGUACAGCAAAUACAAACAACUGCCAGUGGUGCACUGACCAGUGUAUCUCAACGCACAACAACUGCACAGAAGAACAGGUUCCUAUUACUACAUAUGAUAAUUGUCCAAAGGAUAACCCUGCAUAUUACUGCAACAAAAAGACAAGUUGUAAAAGCUGUGCCAUGGAUCAGAACUGCCAGUGGGAACCUAGGAAUCAGGAGUGCAUUGCUUUGCCAGAAAAUAUCUGUGGGACAAAUUGGCACUUGGUGGGCAACUCAUGCUUGAAGAUCACAAACACAAAGGAGAACUACGAUCACGCCAAACUAUCCUGCAGAUCCAAUGGGGCUUUCCUGGCUUCUCUUACAACCCAGAAAAAGGUGGAAUUUGUUAUAAAGGAGCUGCAGAAGAUGCAGGCUUCACCCAAAAACUUGACUCCGUGGGUUGGGCUGAGAAAAAUCAACGUGUCCUACUGGUGCUGGGAAGACAUGUCGCCCUUCACCAACAACCUGCUCCGGUGGCUCCCCGAGGAGCCCAGCGACGCCGGCUUCUGCGGCUACUUAGCUGAGCCCUCCCAGGAGGGCCUGAAGGCAGCGACCUGCAUCAACGAAGUGAACGGCAGCGUCUGUGAGAGGCCGGCCAACCACAGUGCCAAGCAGUGCCGCACGCCCUGCGCGCUGCGCACGCUCUGCGGCGAGUGCACCAGCGGCAGCUCCGAGUGCAUGUGGUGCAGCAACAUGAAGCAGUGCGUGGACUCCAACGCCUACGUGGCCUCCUUCCCCUACGGGCAGUGCAUGGAGUGGUUCACCAUGAGCAGCUGUCCCCCUGAAAACUGCUCAGGCUAUUGCACAUGUGGUCACUGUUUGGAGCAGCCCGGCUGUGGAUGGUGUACUGAUCCGAGCAACACUGGAAAGGGGAAAUGUAUAGAGGGCUUCUAUAGAGGGCCAGUAAAGAUGCCAACGCCAUCCUCGACAGGGAAGCAAAGCUUGGAACCCGUCCUCAAUGUCAGCAUGUGUCCCGCGGAGAAUAAAUAUAAUUGGUCCUUUAUUCAGUGUCCAACCUGCCAGUGCAACGGGCACAGUAAGUGUGUAAAUGAAAGCAUCUGUGAAAAGUGUGAAAAUCUGACAACUGGCAAACACUGUGAAACUUGUAUUUCUGGCUACUAUGGAGAUCCUACUAAUGGAGGAACAUGUCAGCCUUGCAAAUGCAAUGGCCAUGCCUCUGUCUGCAACACGAACACGGGGAAAUGCUUCUGCACCACCAAGGGAAUAAAAGGAGACGAGUGUCAACUGUGUGAAGUUGAAAAUAGGUAUCAGGGAAAUCCACUUAAAGGAACAUGUUACUAUACUCUCCUCAUUGACUAUCAGUUCACCUUCAGCCUCUCUCAAGAGGAUGAUCGCUAUUACACAGCCAUCAACUUUGUAGCAACACCAGAAGAGCAAAACAGAGACCUUGACAUGUUUAUCAAUGCAUCUAAGAACUUCAACCUCAAUAUUACAUGGUCAACAAGUUUUGCAGCAGGCACACAGGCUGGUGAGGAAAUUCCAGUUGUUUCAAGAACCAACAUAAAGGAAUACAAGGACAGCUUCUCCAAUGAGAAAUUUGAUUUCCGCAACAAUCCAAACAUCACUUUCUUUGUCUAUGUCAGCAAUUUCACCUGGCCAAUAAAAAUACAGAUUGCAUUCUCACAACACAGCAACUUUAUGGACCUGGUACAGUUCUUUGUGACAUUUUUCAGUUGUUUCCUGUCUUUGCUUCUGGUGGCAGCCGUGGUGUGGAAGAUUAAGCAAAGUUGCUGGGCAUCACGACGGAGAGAGCAACUGCUGCGUGAGAUGCAACAGAUGGCAAGUCGCCCCUUUGCCUCCAUCAACGUUGCCUUAGAAACAGAUGAGGAACCGCCUGAUCUCAUUGGAGGAAGCGUAAAGACGGUACCAAAGCCCAUCGCGCUGGAGCCCUGCUUUGGCAACAAAGCUGCCGUGCUGUCCGUGUUCGUGCGGCUGCCCCGGGGACUGGGGGGAAUCCCACCGCCCGGACAGUCAGGUCUUGCAGUGGCCAGUGCACUGGUGGACAUUUCACAACAGAUGCCAAUUGCCUACAAAGAGAAAUCGGGUGCAAUACGAAAUCGGAAACAGCAGCCCCCUGCACAGCCAGGAACCUGUAUUUGAUGCAUGGACAUCAGAAACUGUGUAGUGUUUUAAACAAAAUGGAACCGUAACACCGAGGAGGAGGAAGUUUUUCAAGUUGUGUCACAAGUGACUAGAAGCACUCGGAGAAACACAACUUCCUUGAACCCAACCUUUUCUCUCAUCUACGUGAUAGUUGGCUUUGACGACUGCUCCACUUAAGUUUUACUGACACGUGGCUUCAGAUUGCUCCUUUGUUUUCUUCAAGUUUAAAGUGAAAUAAUUUUGUUGCAGGCCCAGUAACAUCCAAUCACCUCAUUUCAUGGUCAGUGUAAAUAGAACAGUAGUCCAAUAUGAAUGACACUCAGGUUUAUACAUGGAAAGUGCUUUGUAGUUUCUGUAUUUAUCAAAUUGUACAAAAAAAAAAAAAGAUGCAGUGUUUACAGGUGUCAGCUCUCAGCACAUAAACACUACUAUUAAUCUUCAAAACAUCUUCAUCCUUUGUUUUCAUUUAACGUAUAUGUUUAUUUUCAACAUUAUUUAAAUGGAUCUCUUUUCCGGAUAC